AUGCUAAUUGUUCGCUAUAUAAUCGCCUUGGUCUUUUCCAUUUUCAUGGUGGCCACAUCCCUGAAGAUCGAGGAGCGCUACCGGCGCUGCAAUGGCUACAAGAUAUCCACUCCGGAUCGAUUGGUCAUCAAAAUGGAACGACGCGGCGGAAAGUGUCCAACCAAGUUUCUAGAAAGGAGGCGCUUAAGAGUCUAA